AUGAUAGAUAUCAUGUAUUCUAGCGGGGAUCUACUACCGAGACAAGCAGCAGCAGCAUCGGCAAACAUUCCCAGCGACAGUCGAGCUCCACACAUCCUCGCCAUCAUCGGAUCCCUAACAGGUCUAUCGGGCCUCCUAGUCGCAUUACGCUGCUACGUGCGACUCUUCCUCCUCCGGAAAUUUCUUCCAGAUGAUGGUGUAAUCGUGGCAUCCUUGUUAUGCGCCUUCGGCGUCCUAGCUUGCUUCAUCGGUGAAUCGCACCAUGGAGUCGGCCUCUUUUCCGACGACAUCAAGCCGGAAGAUUUCCAGAUCCUCAGCGAGUACAUGUUCUACCACGCCAUCGUCAUAGUGCUCGGUAUAAGCCUGGUCAAGGUUUCAUUGGCGCUCUUCUUGCUCCGGUUUGCUUCGCCUAAUAAGAACCUGAAACGGUUCAUUACCGGGGCGCUUGUGUUUCUUAUUAUCUUUACUGUCGCGUGUAUCUUGACGUUGAUCUUCCAGUGUCUUCCGGUUCGGGCGGCUUGGGAUUUCUCAUUGAGAGAGAAUGCGAGGUGUUAUUCGAUGAAGACUUAUCUGUCGAUUGGGGAGUUUAAUAGUGCAAUCAAUAUCGCGACGGACUUUGUAUUCGCGACAUUACCUGCGUUCAUGUUCUACAAAGUGCAAGUCAAUAAACGUACCAGGGUUUCUUUAAUGGGAAUCCUCAGUCUUGGUUAUUUUGCCUGCGCAGCAGGUAUUGUGAAGACCGUUCUCCAGAGCCAAAUCUUCGACGAGCCAGAUCCGUAUCGGUACGCUUCUAUCAUAUUCCUGAAAGCGGUAGUAGUUGGAAGACAGCUAAUUUUGUGA